GCGGCUUUCUGUGACUGGAAAUGUUCCUAAAGAUCUGAUCUAGUCUAGGCUCUAAGAUCUGUGAAUCUGUCUAGUUUAGAAUCUAGAUUCUAGAUCUAGAUCCAGUCCUUAAACUCUACAAUUGGCUACGAACAAACAACGAAGAUCUAACCUAGAUCUAGAUAAGUUCUAUCUAGACCUAGAUUCUAGUUUUAUAUACUAGACUCUAGAUCCAUGACUGUGUGUGGUGCAAAGUGUAAACAGUAAACACUUUAUCUGAAUCAGCCAUGUCGAGGAGAGAAGAAGACGAAUUUAGUGUAGAUGGAGAUGAUGAUCUUGAUGAAGCAGAAGAAGAGGAUGAAGAAGAGGAGGAAAUUGUUGAAAAGCAGCCAAGUAAAAGAGGUCGGAAAAGAAAACAAAAAGAUAGCAGUGAACGCAAAAAAAGAUCCAAAAAAAAGAAACGCAAACAUGGAAGUGAUGCUGAGGAAAGUGAGGGUGAUGGUUCAGAAGAUGAUAAGUCCUUUGGGUUUAAACCUCUUAAAGAAAAGAGAAAAAAAGGAUCAGCUGUACAGGCAACUCCUGCGCCAACCAGACCUGCUCAGAAGUCCUCUGAAGAGUUCUGUGAUGAAAAUGGCUUAAAAAAUGUCACAAUGGAUUUUUCUGAAGAAGAUUACAAGAAUGUUACCAAUUACAAAUUAUUCAGCCAGCUGAUGAGACCUAUGUUGACAAAAGAAAACCCUAAGAUUCCCCAGCAAAGGCUGGUCAUGCUGUUGGGUAUAAAAUGGAGAGAGUUUGUUGCUAACAAUCCUUUUAAAAGUGACAGACCACCUGAUAUUCCAGCUCCUGUUGUAGUUUCAGUCAAAACUCCUGUAGACUCUCCUUCUACACCACAGAGAGAUGCAGAUGAUGAUGAUGACUCAGAAGCAGAGGAGGAGGAAAAGUCAGGUUCUCGGAAAAGGUCUAAAUCCAAGAAGGCAAAUGCACCUGCUUUAGCUCCUCUCAAAAUAAAGCUCAAGAAAAGAAGGAAGAAGAAGAAUAGCUCUGUAAGAUUUUUUCAAACUUCUAACGAUGAUGAUGGAGAAAAAGGUUUUAAUACUAGUGACGAAGAAUUCGAACGCCAGUUAGAAGAAGCUGCUUUAGUUAAAGAGCAGGAAAAAGAUAAAUCAGGAAAGAAGAAGACAAAAAGGGGACGUGGAGGAAGAAAAAAGAAAACAAAGCUGACAAGCAAAUAUCCAAAUGACCCUGAUGCAGAUGGUUAUGAGACUGAGCAUCAGGAUUACUGUGAAGUAUGUCAGCAAGGUGGAGAAAUCAUUCUUUGUGAUACUUGUCCGCGUGCAUACCAUCUUGUAUGUCUUGAACCUGAGCUUGAAGAGGCACCUGAAGGAAAAUGGAGUUGUCCUCACUGUGAGGGCGAAGGAAUAAAGGAGCAAGAAGAAGAUGAUCACAUGGAAUUUUGUAGAGUUUGUAAAGAUGGUGGGGAGCUGCUAUGUUGUGAUCUCUGUCCUUCUGCUUAUCACACACAUUGUUUAAAUCCUCCAAUUAAAGGUGUGCCAGAUGGAGAAUGGCACUGUCCAAGAUGCUCAUGCAAACCUUUAAAGGGUAAAGUGAAGAAAAUACUUACUUGGAGAUGGUGUGAACCCCCUAAGACUGACGAUGAAUUAGACCAUACUCAUCAUGAUCCUCCAAAGAAACAGACUCUGAAACCUUUGCGCGAGUUCUUCAUAAAGUGGGCAGAUAUGUCUUACUGGCAUUGCUCUUGGGUCUCCGAACUGCAGCUCGAUGUUUACCAUCCAGCCUUGUAUCGUAAUUACAUCAGAAGAGUAGAUAUGGAUGAACCACCACCACUUGAAGAUGGAAGCAGCUACAAAGAUAAAAUGAAAGAAGAGGACCCGCAUAACCUUGAAGAUAGAUUUUACAGAUAUGGUGUGCGACCAGAAUGGCUGAACAUUCAUAGGAUUAUUAACCACAUGGAGACCGAUAAAGGCACUUAUUAUUUGGUAAAAUGGAGAGAUUUGCCAUAUGAUCAAGCAACUUGGGAAAAAGAAGAUGCUGAUAUAGCUGAUUUACAGACUGCUAUUGAUGACUACAAAAAUCUCAGACUUGUAAUGUAUGGUAAUGAUGAACCUCCACAAACCAAAAAAGCUGGGAAGAAAAGUAAAGGAAAACAGAAAAGAGAAAAAAGAGAUUUGGAUGAAGAUAUCUUAUCAAAAAUGCCUCCAGCUUAUCCUACAACUGAUCUGCGUAAACAACUUGAUAAACAGCCAUCUUAUUUAGAUGAAACUGGUGGAAACUUGCAUCCUUAUCAAUUAGAAGGUCUGAACUGGCUACGCUAUUCAUGGGCUAAUAAUACAGAUACCAUAUUGGCAGAUGAGAUGGGACUUGGAAAAACUAUACAGACCAUCACUUUUUUGUAUUCUCUUUAUAAAGAGGGACAUUGUAAAGGACCAUUUUUAGUUAGUGCUCCUCUUUCAACUAUAAUCAACUGGGAGAGAGAGUUUGAAUUCUGGGCACCUGAUCUUUAUGUGGUGACAUAUAUUGGAGAUAAAGACUCCAGAAUUGUUAUUAGAGAACAUGAAUUCUCAUUUGAUGAUAAUGCAAUAAGAGGUGGUGCCAAAGCAUCCAGAAUGAAGCAAGGCUGUAAUGUUAAAUUUCAUGUUUUGUUAACUUCAUAUGAGUUAAUCAGCAUUGAUGCAGCAUGUCUAGGUUCUGUUGAUUGGGCUGUUUUGGUAGUUGAUGAGGCCCAUAGGUUGAAGAAUAAUCAGUCAAAAUUUUUCAGAAUUUUGACAAAUUACAAACUAGGCUACAAGCUUUUGUUAACCGGAACACCAUUACAAAACAACCUUGAAGAAUUGUUUCAUUUGCUUAACUUCCUGACACCUGAAAAUUUCAGUGAUCUUCAAGGCUUCUUGGAUGAAUUUGCUGAUAUCUCUAAAGAAGAUCAAGUGAAAAAACUUCAUGAUAUGCUUGGACCACAUUUACUGAGACGACUUAAAGCUGAUGUUUUAAAGGGGAUGCCUUCAAAAUCUGAGUUCAUUGUUAGAGUAGAACUAUCUGCUUUACAGAAAAAAUAUUACAAAUAUAUUUUGGCAAGAAAUUAUGAAGCAUUGAACAUUAAAGGUGGAAGUAAUCAAACAUCACUUCUUAAUAUAAUGAUGGACUUAAAGAAAUGUUGCAAUCACCCAUAUCUUUUUCCAGUAGCUGCACAGGAAGCUCCAAGAACACACAACAAUGCUUUUGAAGGAUCUGCUUUAAUCAAAGCUUCUGGUAAACUGGAACUUCUAUCAAAGAUGUUGAGAGAGCUGUUUGGAACAGGCCAUAGAGUUCUUAUUUUUUCUCAGAUGACAAAAAUGUUGGAUUUACUGGAGGACUUUUUAGAAGCAGAAAAUUAUCGUUAUGAAAGAAUUGAUGGUGGUAUUACUGGAAGCAUGAGACAGGAUGCUAUUGACAGAUUUAAUUCAAAAGAAGCACCAGCGUUUGUUUUUCUAUUGUCUACCCGAGCUGGAGGACUUGGUAUAAAUUUAGCCACAGCAGACACUGUUAUUAUUUAUGACUCUGAUUGGAACCCGCAUAAUGAUAUACAGGCAUUUAGUAGAGCCCAUCGUAUUGGUCAAGCUAACAAGGUGAUGAUUUAUCGGUUUGUUACUCGUAGCUCAGUAGAGGAGCGCAUCACCCAGGUUGCAAAGCGUAAAAUGAUGCUAACACAUUUGGUUGUUAGACCAGGCCUUGGUAACAAAGGUGGAGCAAUGAGUAAAAAGGAAUUAGAUGAUAUUCUUAAAUUUGGAACAGAAGAACUUUUUAAAGAAGAGGAAAGUGUUAAAGAAGGUUCUGAAGACAGAAUAGUAUAUGAUAUGGAAGCAAUUAGAAAGCUGUUAGACAGAACACAGGCAGGCCAGGAAGAAAAAGAAAUGGCAAUGAAUGAAUACCUCAGUUCUUUCAAAGUUGCUAACUACACAAUCAAAGAGGGAGAAGAAGAGGAGGAGCCUGAGACAGAAGUUUUAAAACAAGAAGCGGAACAUGCAGAUCCUGCUUAUUGGGAAAAAUUGCUGCGGCAUCAUUAUGAACAACAGCAGGAAGAUCUGGCUAGGACUCUUGGAAAAGGAAAGCGUAUUAGAAAACAAGUUAACUAUAAUGAUGCAAUGAAUGGCCAUGAUGAAGAAGCAUGGAAAGAAAACCUUUCAGAUUAUGAUUCUGAUUUCAGUCAAGUUAAUGAAGAAGAUGAUGAUGAUUUUGAUGAUAAACAAGAAGGACAAGCUACAACACGCAGCAGGAGAAGAAACGAGAAGGAUAAACCUCUGCCUCCUCUUCUGGCAAGAGUAAAUGGACAAAUUGAAGUUUUAGGCUUUAAUGCCAGACAGAGAAAAGCAUUUUUAAAUGCUGUGAUGAGAUGGGGUAUGCCUCCUCAAGAUGCAUUUAAUUCUCAAUGGCUUGUCCGAGACCUCAGAGGCAAAACUGAAAAAGUCUUUAGAGCUUAUGUUUCCCUCUUUAUGCGCCAUUUGUGUGAGCCUGGAGCAGAUAAUGCUGAAUCAUUUGCGGAUGGAGUACCGCGUGAGGGCUUGUCACGGCAACAUGUUUUAACAAGAAUAGGCAUUAUGUCCCUUGUCCGAAAGAAGGUCCAGGAAUUUGAGCUUAUUAAUGGGACUCACAGUAUGCCUUAUGUUAAAGCUGGUGAAGCUAUUGAAAAGCUAAAAACUGAAGCUGAAGCAGAAAAAGCUGAGAAAGAUGCUAAAAAAGAAGAUAAAGAAAAAGAAGAAAUCAAAGGGACAGAGGAAAGCACUAAACCAGAAGAGAACAAAGCUGAAGAUAUUAAAAAAGAUAAUUUGCCAAAGGAAGAGCUCAUGCAGACUGAGAAUGUAGCAAACGAAAAUAAGGAAAAAUGCAGUAAAACUGAAAGUAUGGAAGUAGAUGAGAAAGAAAAAACAGAAGUGGCUGAAUCUGAAAUCAAAGAUGAUAAAUCAGAUGCUGAUAAAAAAGAAAAGACAGCUGUUGACAAAGAAGAUUCUUCAAAAGAAAAAAAAGAUGUAGAAGGAAGCAAAGAAGAAGUUGAUAAAAAAAAAGAAGGUUAUGAGGAUUUAAAAGAGGUUAAAAAAUCUGAAGACAAAAAAGAUACAGAGAAAGCAGAAGAUAAGAAAGAAAGUGAAGAAUCUAGGAAACAAGAUGAACAAUUCCAAAAAUUUAUGUUUAAUAUUGCUGAUGGAGGGUUUACUGAGCUGCAUACUUUAUGGUCUAAUGAGCAAAGAGCACUAACUAAAGGCAGAGAACAUGAAGUUUGGCAUCGUCGACACGAUUACUGGCUUUUAGCAGGAAUUAUAACUCAUGGCUAUGGUCGAUGGCAAGAUAUUCAAAAUGACUUGCGUUUUCAGAUUAUUAAUGAGCCAUUCAUUUCUGAGCAGGGCAAAGGCAAUUUCCUGGAGAUAAAAAACAAAUUUUUAGCCAGAAGAUUUAAGCUGUUAGAACAAGCACUUGUGAUAGAAGAACAAUUAAGGCGUGCUGCCUAUUUAAACCUUACUCAAGAUCAUGCCCACCCUGCAAUGGCUCUUAAUGCAAGAUUUGCAGAGCUUGAAUGUUUAGCAGAAAGUCACCAACACUUAAGCAAAGAAUCUUUGGGAGGUAACAAACCUGCCAAUGCAGUUCUCCAUAAAGUCUUAAAUCAAUUGGAGGAGCUGCUUAGUGACAUGAAGCAAGAUGUUUCACGCCUUCCAGCAACACUGGCAAGAGUGCCACCAGUUACACAAAGAUUACAGAUGUCUGAACGUAACAUUCUCAAUCGCUUAGUAACACCCAGUGUUUUGCCAGGAGCCAACCUUCCCCAGCAACCACAGAUGCAGACACAACAGCAGCAGCUCCAUCAACAGCAACAACAAGCUUCUACAUCAAGGACUAGCAGCCCAGCGUUAGUCAACCCAGCUAUAACAGCUGCCAAAACAAGUGGUAGAAAUAGCCCUGCAAGUUCUUCAAAGUCUCCAGCACCUCCAUCACAAGAUAAAGAGGAUGAACCAUCUAAAAAACCAGAAUCGACUGUAUCAGAAAGGUCUGAUGAAAAGAAGUAAUUUUUGAGGAAUUUGUAAUCAUGUAUUAAUUUUGUCUUAUCAUACUGUAGCAUAUAUAUGAUGUUGUUUGAAAUUCUUUUUUCUUUAGAAUUGUCAGGUUGUAUUUUAUCAAAUCAUGCAUAACAUUAAACUACAAUUACAUGUAUGAUUUUUAAAAAGACCUCUUUAAAGUUAGUAGAAGUAAUUGCAUUUAGUUUCUGCUUCACUUAAAUAUGUUUCUUUGAUUUUUUAAUAGACCCAGACAUUAAACAUAGUGUUUAAAUUUUUAAUAAACAUUUGUAUUAAGCUUUACCAGAACAAGGCUGUUAUAUUUUUAAAAAAGGUUUAUACAACUAUUAUGUUCUAAAUGUAAAUCCAUCAUGAUCUUGGCAACAGUUGUGGCCAUAUCUCACCAUUAUUACACAAUUCACUUUUUCCAAAAGGUUUUAUAAAAAGAAAUAAUUUUAAGAGUUUUGAAUAGUUGAAUUCUGUACAAAAUAUUGAUGACAUUGUUACAGGUGAUUAAUAUUAAUAAAAAUAGAUCUCCACAUAUAUAAAGUAAUUUUGUAUAUGAUUUAUUGAACCAAAAUAUGUAUGUGAUUUUAGUGCAUUAAGUUAAAAGCAAUGAUUAUUUUUUUCUUUUUGAACUCACAUUCUACUCACAAUAGUGAUUUUAAAGUUUAGUUAAAAUGUUGGCAGAGACUUUAAAAAAGUGGUGCAAAAUAAUUCUGUUGCUAUUGAUUUGGCAAAAAUUAGGGAUAAAAGUAUAAAACUACAUGACUUGUGGAAUGCCAUUUUUGUACAGUUAUGGUUGUUCAGAUUUUUUAAUGCUCUUUCCCUGUAAAAGAUUGAACUUUGGUACAUUUUAAAAUCAAAUAUAUAUUUAAUGUUGUUAUUUUUGUUUCAUUAAAACAACUGUAUUGAAAUGUC